ACUGAGGCUGGAAUAACAGAAGCAGAAUAACGACACAAUUUUAGCCCUGCUGCCGGCCACCUCCCCCGUAUAAACACUUGCUGCUAUCAUAUUUACUCCUGUAUAAUUUCUUGGACAGGCUUGCAUCGUCGCAUCAGCACGUAGCAACUGGCUUUCCGAAACUCUAGGCGGUCGCUCGCGCCUCCCAACGACCGCUAUGGCUGACUAUAACCCAGAGCUUCAAGCUCGCUUGGCUGCUCUCCAUCUUGAACUAGAGGAUGGUGACAUUACCGAGAAAGGCUUCCAGAAGAAGAGGGCAUUGCUUCUCUCCGAAUUUAGCUCACCUCCUCCAGCUCUUCCCCCUCAAUCGGGCCUUCGAAUUCACACGGUCGAUGACUCAAUACACCCUUCUGGGGACGGCCAUAGAGUUGCCGCUCUCGCUGCUAUGGGCGUUCCUACUUCAGAAGCUGCUCCUAUUUUGCAGCGCCCGCCGUCAGGAUAUAGCGUUGGCUCCCUUGAACAAGACUCACUUGCACCUGUUGCCGCUCUGCGCCCAGGCAUUCCGGCGUCGUCUGAUCCGGCUGCUUAUAGCCGCGACUCGUUGCUCUUUGGUGGCGCUAGCAGUGGCACAAGAUCCGACACCAUGGCCUCGGGCGAUUAUGCCUUUAACCCUGAUCAGCAACCGGUCUAUGUUGACAGCAGGCAGCCUCAUGGGCAACCACCCCAAGAUGGGCGCACCCACACUCUCCUAGAUAACCAGGGCUAUUUUUCAGACUUUGCUGGUCAGCAGAUCCAUGAUCACAACCCGUCUAUGGACUAUGGGGGCCACCAACAUCGAUAUUCUACCAGCGAGCCUUUUUCACCUAGCGCUGCUAUGGCUCCUCCAAUGCUCACAGCAAAUGACUUGCCGCCACGGGAAGCGCUCGAGUACCAACUACCUCUUGAACCCCGCGAAGUCCCCUUCUCAAUCUUUGACCCUCACGAUUCCAACACUCCCAUGUCUCGAUUCGACAAUCUGGCUGCCAUCUUACGUCACCGUGGCCGGAAUAUAGCAAAGGUCCCGGCAUUUUGGGUGCUUGAUAGCAGAGGAAAGGAAAUUGCGUCCAUUACAUGGGACAAGUUUGCUUCCAAGGCCGAAAAAGUGGCGCAGGUCAUCCGCGACAAGAGUUCUCUGUAUCGUGGUGACCGAGUUGCCCUGGUCUACAGAGAUUCUGAAGUCAUUGACUUUGCCAUUGCUUUGAUGGGAUGUUUUAUUGCAGGCGUGGUGGCUGUGCCUAUCAACGACUUACAAGACUACCAAAGGCUCAACUAUAUUCUUACAACAACACAGGCUCAUCUUGCUCUUACAACAGACAACAAUCUUAAAGCGUUCCAGCGUGAUAUUACAACACACAAGCUCACUUGGCCCAAAGGAGUCGAGUGGUGGAAGACAAACGAAUUCGGCAGCUACCACCCAAAGAAGAAGGACGAUGUACCACCCCUGACAGUGCCAGACUUGGCUUAUAUCGAGUUCUCUCGUGCACCAACUGGCGAUCUUCGUGGUGUUGUUCUCAGUCAUAGGACCAUCAUGCACCAAAUGGCUUGCUUGAGCGCUGUCGUGGCCACAAUGCCUGGAAAUGCCCCAGGUGAUACUUUUAAUCCGUCGCUUAGAGAUAAAAACGGUCGUCUUAUUGGCGGAAAAUCAGGCAGUGAGAUCUUACUGUCUUAUUUGGAUCCGCGACAGGGUAUUGGAAUGAUCUUGGGCGUUUUAUUGACAGUCUACGGUGGUCACACCACCGUCUGGUUUGAUAAUAAGGCUGUCGAUGUCCCUGGUCUUUACGCCCAUCUGAUUACCAAGUAUAGAGCCACCAUUAUGAUUGCCGAAUACCCUGGCUUGAAGCGUGCCGCUUAUAAUUAUCAGCAAGAUCCGAUGACGACACGAAAUUUCAAAAAAGGCAUGGAACCCAACUUCCAGACUGUCAAACUCUGCUUGAUUGACACGCUCACGGUGGAUAGCGAAUUCCACGAGGUCUUGGCCGAUCGCUGGCUUCGUCCACUUCGCAACCCUCGUGCUCGAGAAGUCGUUUCCCCAAUGUUGUGUCUGCCGGAGCAUGGUGGCAUGGUAAUCAGCAUGCGUGAUUGGGUUGGUGGUGAAGAUCGAAUGGGUGUCGCAUUGAACAAACUUAGGGAAUCAGAAGAUCAACCGUCUGAUAAUGAUAGCGAGGAAAAAGAAGCAGAUAAGCCGUCGAACGGCUUUGGAACCCUCUUGGGUGGCACCACUUCCACAACUCAACAAAAUAUUAAAACAGAGAUGGAUGAGGCUCUCUUAGACAGAGAAGCGCUAAAAACCAAUGAGGUAGUGGUUUUGGCUUAUGGAGCGGAAGCACGUAAGAAGAGUUCUAUUGAUUCGUCCAUGGUACGUGUGGGAGCGUUUGGAUACCCAAUCGCAGACGCUACCCUUGCGGUAGUCGACCCAGAGACUGGCCUACUAGCGUCGCCUCAUUCUGUGGGCGAGAUCUGGGUUGAUUCGCCAUCACUCUCAGGCGGCUUUUGGGCUCAGCCGAGGAAUACAGAGCUGAUAUUCCACGCACGACCCUACAAGUUUGACCCUGGUGAGCCAACACCAACAGCUGUGGAACCAGAAUUCCUUCGUACAGGUCUACUUGGUACGAUUAUCGAAGGGAAAGUGUUUAUUCUUGGACUCUAUGAGGAUCGAAUUCGUCAAAAGGUUGAAUGGGUCGAGCAUGGCCAUGAAAGCGCCGAGUACCGAUACUUCUUUGUCCAACACAUGGUGGUCAGCAUUGUCAAGAACGUCCCCAAGAUUUACGACUGCUCUGCAUUUGAUGUCUUUGUCAAUGAUGAGCAUUUACCGGUUGUUGUAGUCGAAACUGCAGCUGCCUCUACCGCUCCAUUGGCGUCAGGCGGCCCUCCCAGACAACCAGAUAUGGCUCUAUUAGACUCACUGGCCGAGAGGUGUAUGGAUGUGUUGAUGAACGAACACCACCUUCGUCUCUACUGUGUUAUGAUUACAGCUCCAAACUCCUUGCCAAGAGUGAUGAAGAACGGAAGAAGGGAAAUUGGAAACAUGCUUUGCAGGCGAGAAUUUGAUCUAGGCAAUCUCCCCUGUGUGCACAUCAAAUUCGGCGUGGAGCAUGCGGUACUCAAUCUUCCUAUAGGCGUCGACCCUAUGGGGGGUAUAUGGUCACACAUUGCAUCAGAGUCUCGCGCUGAGAUUCUUAUGCACUCAGAGAAGCAGUACUCCGGUAUCGAUCGACGAGAGGUUGUCAUUGAUGACAGAACAUCUACACCAUUAAACAACUUCGCUUGUAUCACCGAUCUGAUACAAUGGCGUGUGGCCCGACAGCCAGAAGAACUAGCCUAUUGUACAAUUGAUGCUCGCUGCCGGGAGGGGAAGGGCGUCACUUGGCGCAAGUUUGAUUCCAAGGUUGCUGCUGUUGCGAUGUACUUGAAAAACAAGGUCCGAUUACGCCCCGGAGACCAUGUUGUCGUCAUGUACACGCACUCAGAAGACUUUGUCUUUGCUGUCCAUGCCUGCAUUAACCUUGGCGCCGUUGUCAUCCCCAUGGCGCCGUUAGACCAAAAUCGCCUCAAUGAAGAUGUACCUGCCUUCUUGCAUAUUGUUGCUGACUACCAAGUCAAGGCCCUUCUGGUGAAUAAUGAGGUGGAUCAUUUGCUCAAGAUGAAGCCAGUUUCCAGCCAUAUAAAGCAAUCGGCUCAGAUUCUCAAGAUCGCAAACCCAGCUGUUUAUAACACGUCUAAGCCACCAAAACAAAACAGUGGACUGCGAGACCUAGGGCUGACAAUUGAUCCUGCAUGGGUACGUCCCGGAUAUCCUGUUAUUAUUUGGACAUACUGGACCCCAGACCAAAGACGAAUCGCCGUACAGCUCAGCCACGAUACUAUCAUGGGCAUGUGCAAAGUGCAGAAAGAAACCUGUCAAAUGACCAGCUCUCGACCAGUCCUUGGCUGCGUACGAAGCACCACUGGCCUUGGCUUCAUUCAUACUUGUCUUAUGGGCAUAUAUGUCGGCACUCCCACGUACUUAUUAUCGCCUGUUGACUUUGCUCAGAGUCCCAUGUCUCUGUUUGUGACUCUGGCUCGAUACAAGAUCAAGGAUUCCUACGCAACCCCCCAAAUGCUUGAUCAUGCAAUGUCCGCUAUGCAAGCCAAGGGAUUCACUCUACAUGAGCUGAAGAAUAUGAUGAUUGCUGCGGACAGCCGACCACGCGUGGAUGUGUUCCGCAAAGUACGCAUGCAGUUUGCCCAGGCGCAGUUGGACCGCACUGCUAUCAAUACAGUGUAUUCGCACGUGCUGAACCCUAUGAUUGCAUCCAGGUCCUACAUGUGCAUUGAGCCAAUUGAGCUAUGGCUAGAUACGAAGGCGUUGCGCCGUGGCUUAAUUGCACCAGUUGACCCAGAGUCGGAUCCAAAGGCACUCCUGAUUCAGGAUUCAGGCAUGGUACCAGUAUCAACCCAGAUUGCCAUUGUUAAUCCUGAGAGCCGUGUACACUGCCUUGAUGGUGAAUUUGGUGAGAUCUGGGUAGACUCAGAGGGCUGCGUCAAGUCUUUCUACGGCUCCAGAGACGCGUUUGAUGCCGAGAGAUUCGAUGGUCGCACUGCCGAUGGUGAUCCGAACAUCCGAUACGUACGUACUGGUGAUUUGGGUUUCUUAUUCAAUGUCAGUCGGCCUAUUGGGCCCGGCGGCACACAAGUGGAAAUGCAAGUGCUUUUCGUUCUUGGCAGUAUAGGAGAGACCUUUGAAAUCAAUGGCUUGAGCCAUUUCCCAAUGGACAUUGAACUCUCUGUGGAAAAAUGUCACCGCAACAUCGUGUCUGGUGGAUGCGCUGUUUUCCAAGCCGGAGGUUUGGUUGUUGUCUUGGUUGAGGUUAACCGGAAAGCAUAUCUUGCGUCUAUUGUACCAGUCAUUAUCAACGCCAUACUGAGCGAACAUCAGAUUGUCGCGGAUAUUGUUGCUUUCGUUAGCAAGGGUGACUUCCCAAGAUCCAGACUUGGCGAAAAACAACGCGGAAAGAUCCUUGCUGGAUGGGUUACCAGGAAGAUGAGAACAAUGGCGCAGUUUGCCAUCCGAGAUCUCGACCCAGCAGCGCUCGGUGAAGGCGGUAGCGAUGGAACGGAUCCCAAUAGGGCGUCUACUGGUAGCCUCCGUGGAUCAGGCAUGCAUGCACCGGGUGCUACCAGCCUGCGGAACGUCGAACAAGCUCCCCAAAUACUGGAACAAGACGAAUUUGAGCAGCAACAUAUGAUGUCUGACAUACAUGGUUAUCCAGCUCAUCACUUUGAUAUGCCCGAUGACCAGAAGACACCUACAGGCCACCCCCCUCGUGGCCCAAUGGGCGCUCCUGAUGAAGCUGACCAUUCCGCUGAAGGCUAUCAUACUCAAACGUUCAUGUCUGAGCUGGACUCAACGCCAAUUGUACCCCAAAACAAUCCGGACCAAGCGACCGAACAGCGACGAAGUCACUUACCAGGCGUUGAUGGGCGUGAGAGCUUGGACAUGUGGGAUGCUGAAAGGAACGAACCUAGUAAGAUGUUGGACGACGCUGAAGAGUGGACUACAGAUGCUAUGAUGCAUAUGAACCUUGCUGCGGAGCCCGAACGGAAAUAGAAGCCGAAUAGCGCAAGUUGGGACCUACUUUCCAACUGGAGCUCACUAAGAUGAGCAAAGCAGAAAACUGUUGGAGGUGUAAAUUGGUAUACGAUUGUGUUUUUGUUCUCUGUAUUGGAUGUCGUUUUUGGUUGGAAGGCAUGAUGUUUAUUGUCAUCCGACGGUCAGUUGCAUUGCACAUAACCACCCGAGGCCAGUUUAGAAUACUUGCUGGUAGCAUAUUCCUUUGGAUUAUAGAAUAUAAAUAUGGUUGGUUUACACACACCUAGCCUCUCAGUGCCAUGUGCGGACAGUCUAUAUUUGGAUAGCUUCAUCGAAUCUAUUUGUAUCCUGAAUGUGUAUAUAUAAGUGCGUCUAUGGUUGUGUAUAGCUCCCGUAUAGUUACGUAGCAUACAUGACAUAAGUGAAGGUAAGGGGAUAAAGGCUAUAUAAGCAAGAGUGCAUCUCCACGCAAGACCUCCUUGUCCGAGAAAGAAACUCCCCUGGUCUAAAAUCGAAUUAUGUUGCGUGACGAAUGGGAUAUCAUGUGUAAAAAAAAAAGACAAGCCUUUGACAAUUCCUAUCAGCGUUUCUUAAUGUCCUCCAGCGCUUGCUUGACAAUGCCCACCGCUUCGGCAGACACGUCUUGUCCCUUCUUCCAAGUGUAGAGCACAACACCCUGCUGCUCUAGCAACUCCUGUGCUCUAGCUACGCGCCGUCUCCAGAGGUCAACCCUGCGGUUCAUUCCCUGAGCGCCUAGGAUAGGCGAUCCUGUCGGGGUGCUUGCGCCAGAGCGGGAGCCGGACCGGUAGUAUGACAUGCCGGCUGGGGGAACAGCAGUAGAGCCGAUAUCAAGAGGAUCAAAGUCCACAUCAGAGUUGCUGCGUCCGUGGCCGAAGAGCCUGGGGCUUAAGUUCUUCAGACUCGCGAUGCGGCGGCGCGGCAGAGGCGGAGGGAAGUCGGGGGAGGAUUUCGCUGUUUUGGCGUCUCCGAGUUCGCUUGCGGCACGCGAUGCUACGGAUGAGGCGUUUCCUGAGCCUGGGCCGCUGGCUGGUUCUGAGUUGCUGAUGUUGGUUGUCUUGAGCGUCAGGUUUGCUAGGGGACCAGUCGCAGAAGGGCCGCUUCGUAGGGCAGCCGGCUUGGCUGGGCGUGGAGGCGGUGCUUUGCGGCCGCGAAGGAGGUCAGAAGCACUAAUGGGUUUAGCGGAGCUCUUGACUUGCGCAAGAGCAGCGGAGCUGUCGAGGUUGACCUCUUCUGGUUCCUCGGAAAAGUCGAUGAGCGUGCCCAUUAGUGGACCUGGCUGAGGCUUCAUUUGCGGCGUUGUGAUGGGCGCAGAGUUUUGUCGUGAGGGUGGCUCGAUAUGGACCCUGCUAUCCUCGAGAGAGAAGCUAGACGGCUUCUUCCGCGAGACUUCGUAGGCUGAGUCAAAGUAUCCUGGCUUUUCGGGCGUAGUGACAUCACGAAUGAAGAUGGCAAGCACGCGGCCUGGGUUUGCGAGUGCAAGAUCUGUGUAUACUUCAAGAUCCGCCUCGCCACUGUCGCCUACAAGCAGGAACUUGCGCUCUGGGAAAUCCUGCAGCAGUCGGUUGAGUGUUCCCUUUUUGCGUUCAGCCACAGGCUCAAAGAUGCCCUGUAGCAUGCCUGAGUAUUGUUUCAAGUGGAGAGAUCCGGCGGGGAGGCCGUUCAGCUUGAAGAAACUGGCGAGGACAGGGAACAGCUGCCAGGGGCUGUUGGAGCAGUAGUGGAAGCGGACGCCGAGUUGUUGAAGCUCGCUGUACCAUUCUUGCACGCCGUCAAUGGUGAGGUCGCCAAGUUCACGGAUAAAUGUGUUGCGGAAGAUUUCACGCGCACCGCUCGAGAUGUUGGACCGCUUAAUGGUGUCGUCGAUGUCACUGAUGAGACUAACGCCUUGCGAGGCAAUCAUGUUGACUUCUGCACCGGUCGACAAGCUCUCGUUGGCGAGAACGCGGACAUGAGUUGGCUCAAACUCGAGAGCAGCGCGUACGUUAAAGUGGCCGGCGUCAUUCGUGAGCACGGUCCGCGACUGCGAUUGUCUCUCGUUGUAGAAGAAGACGGUGAUGGGCUGUGCAACGAGCGGCGUGGUCAUGAAGGGAGCAAUGCGAGCCAUUAAGUUGGCAUUGGCAAUGGCCAUCUCGGCUUCUGUGAGUUCGUUGAGGUUUGACUGUUGUCGGGGUCCAAGGAUUGGGCUUCCCGGAACCGAGUCUGGUGUUUGACUUCCGCGACGAGAUAGGCCAGGUCGUGGAAUCGCAUCGCCCAUGGCUUCGCUAUAUCCGCCGCUAGACGCAACAUGCUUUUCUUGCUGUCCCUUCUUUUCGAUCCGCGCCGCCUCUUGCUCAAUGCGCUCUUGUUCGCCCAUUUCGUCGUGGAUCUGCGACUGAGGCUUGAUCUGUGACGGCAUGUCGGGGUUUAAUGUCGUAGUGUCAGUCUUUUGCACCGAGAUACCGCUGAGUUGUCGAGCCAAGCCGAUAAGGAUGCGGUUUCGCCGUGUUAUCGGGCCGGUUUGUGGUGAGUAUAUCCAGCCUCGGACGUCUACAUCGACAAUGGCUUUUUCAUCUUCGUUCUUCUCCCAUUCCUGGCGCCAGAAAUACUCGUCUUGCUGAGCACCGGGUUGUGCAGGUUCCGUAGGCGGGACUUGGCUCCAGUCUCUUCUGAUGUGGCGCUUUGCAUACGAUGGGAAGAGAACCAUCUGCUCCGUGCCUCCUGAAGUGAUCGCCACGUCCGGAAAGGCACCUGGGAUAUGCGGGUUCUGCAAUUCGCCUUCCCCGUCCAGAGCUCUAGUGCGGGACUGCGCAUACGAGUCUUUGAGGUCCGUCACGGCCUGCUGUCCGGUCCUGUAGAGAUUGCCAGCGAUGGCAGCCAGCUUGCGGCGUCGAUAGCCUCUCUCGCCCUGCGCGGGCUCAAGGCCUGGGGACGCGGGAGCGAAAUUCUGCAUUGUUGUAGUUUUUAGAACAGAGCGCGAGCCUCCUCUUACAUCCUUGGUGGCAGCAGUUCGAGCUAUCAAUCGAGCUUGUCUUGCGACCAAGAUAGCUACACUACUCGUUCGUUUGAGGAGGCGUCGUUUCUGGCGUGCCACUAUGAAGCGGUAUAUCCGGGACUGCAAUCGGUACUUGAGGCGAGGGAUGGUAUCUAGCUGGAGGCGAAGGACCUGUUCUCUGUAGCCCUGUCGUAUACGCGGCAGCAGUAUGGAUCGGAAGAUGCUCUGGUUCUGUCGAGGACGCGCACGCCCAAAGUUGAAAAUCGAAAGGGCGCCACCGUGUCAAUCGUGUUUGCAUGUGCUAUGUGAAAACGGCGUCCAGGUGGCCAGCGCCUAGGCGUAGCCUGGUAUUAUAUCUUGUAUUGGAGCCUAGGCCACAGGCUGGAUCGCCAAAACGCGAGGCAGCGGUUGGAGUGACGAGGGCAGCCCUAUCGCGCGCAGACAGCACGAGCUAGAGUUGCAACUCAGGCGCUUGCGUCUCCUGAUGGGUGUAGCAGACUGGGCAACUAAUGCAGGCACAUGUCGCGAGUGUGCUGAUGCCGC